GACUGACAAGAAGAACAAGAGUAAUAGUCAUCGAGUGUUUAUUACGAUUAUGUCCUUAACGAAAUCUUCAGAAGAAGAUUCCUUUAACGGUCGAUACACGUUAUGGAUCAAAGAAGCUUUAGAAGAGCUUCCUCACAAUUUCACAAUCACCGACCCGUUUAUUUCGGGUCACCCGAUUGUUUUCGCGAGCUUAGGGUUUUUGAAAAUGACUGGGUAUUCACUAGAAGAAGUAAUCGGAAGAAACGGUAAAGUUUUUCAAGGACCUAAGACUAAUCGAAGAUCGAUCAUGGAGAUUCGUGAAGCUAUUCGUGAAGAGAGAUCUGUUAUGGUUAGCUUGUUGAAUUAUCGUAAAUCUGGAUCUCCGUUUUGGAUGUUGUUUCAUAUGUGUCCUGUUUUUGGGAGAGAUGAUGGUAAAGUCAUCAAUUUUGUGGCGGUUCAGGUCCCGAUUUCGGGACAAGAACAUCAUCGGAAGCUCGGAGAUAUGUCGUCGGAUCAUUCUGAAUUGGUGUUUGGUUCUUGUCGAAGAGAGGUUUGUUUUGGUAGUUUCGUGCAUCAGAAUCAAGCUUCACCAAUGGAAUGUGUUGAUGAGCAAGGAUUAGAGGAUUGGGAACACUGUGAAGCGAGUGAGUCUGAGAAGCUAAAAGCUGUGGAAGCAAUUAACAAUGUGUUAUCUAUUUUAACGCGUUACAGCGAGUUGAGUGGUAGAUUAGUCUGCGGAAAGCGGUACUGCUUGCGAGGAGUAGAUUGUCUAAGCUCGUCACUAGUUAUUUCUCUCGGUAGAAUCAAACAAAGUUUCGUAUUAACCAAUCCAUGCUUACCCGACAUGCCUAUUAUUUACGCUAGUGAUGCCUUUUUGACACUGACCGGUUACAAGAGACAAGAAGUGUUGGGACAAAACUGCAGAUUUCUGAGUGGGGUUGAUACCGAUUCCUCAGUACUAUACGAGAUGAAGGAGUGCAUCUUAAAGGGACAAUCAUGCACGGUGCAAAUACUAAAUUACAGUAACAGAAAAGAUAAGAGCUCAUUCUGGAAUCUUCUUCACAUAUCACCAGUUCGUAAUGCUUCAGGCAAGACAGCAUAUUUUGUGGGUGUUCAGGUGGAAGCAAGUUGUAGAAACACUGAAAGUAAAGAGCUGAGACCAGAGACAAGGCAACUGAGUGUGGUCGGUGCGGUUAGAGUUGCGGUUAGGAGCUCAUUGAUGGUAACAUGCUAAUAUAUGCCCGAAAGAAAAUGUCUCUUAGAAAGAAGUAGAAAAGAGUAUAUGAAGUGAAUUGGAUAUAUAUACAACUUUACUAUGUUGUAGGUAUAUAAUCAUUUUACUCGAAUAAAGUCUUUAUUAAAAC